AUGGCGGCUCGUCGUACGCGGGAGGCGACCAAAAGGAAAAACAACGACAAAAUAGAGUUAGAGACCUCAGUUGAAAUCAAGGAAGAAUGCACAGAGAGCAUAUAUUUCAAGAUGGGCUGUAACAAUACUUUACAUACCCAUUUGUCGAAGAAAACAAAACUAGGGCUAAAGCAAGUGGGCAAAGCUAAUGGAUCUUCGACCAGACUUGACAGGUCGUUUUACGACCAACCUGCCGAAGACUUGGCUAAAAACCUCUUGGGCAAGCUACUUUAUCGUGUUCUUGACAACGGAGAAGUGUCGUUUGGACGGAUAGUUGAGACGGAAGCCUAUUUAGGUGAGGUUGACAAAGCGUGCCAUUCUUACGGUGGAAGACGAAUAGGUCGCUGUGAACCUUUGUAUAUGGCACCCGGUACGGCUUACGUGUACGUUAUUUACGGAAUGUAUCACUGCCUCAAUGUCUCUAGUCAGGAACCCGGUGCCUGUGUGUUAAUAAGAGCUUUGGAGCCCCUCCAGGGUAAGUGUAUAUGACGAUCUACAGGGGGGUGAAGUGCAGAGUUCAGAAUGGGCCAAUCCAAUUCUAACGCGUUAUACACGAUUGAAGGCUUUUUCUUGUCCUGUCCCUCCCUCCCUGAGGGUAUCGCGCGGUGGUCUAGGCAAUAAAGACCCAGAGAACCCCAAAGAGAGUUGCUGUGUAUUUAACAAGAGAAAGCUUGCAAUCGUUUUUAACACGUCAGCCGGCUAGAAUCGCAUAGUGACACAUACCUGGCUGCAGCUUGCAUAUAUACAUGGAUGAGGCGCUGAACUUCCGUCACGUGUUUUUAAUCCUGAUAAACAGGUUUUGACUCACAAUAAUUGUGACCCGUACUCCCCCAUUAAGGCUAAGGAAAUCCUCAUGGAGGGAGGGCAUCUUCAAAGAACAUUCCUAAGGGACUAGCUACCUUAUUAUGUGCAUUUUUCAAAAGGACGGAUUAUGGCAGUGCUGUUGUCUGUAAUAGGGGAUGAGUGAAUACAAAUACACACAGGAAAAAAUAACAGAUUCCCAUUUUUGGAUAUUUUAGGGUAUUUAAUAAAGAAUGCCCACAAAAAUCCCAAAUUUGGAAGAGUGAGACAAGUCCCAAUCAGGGAACUUGGUUGGGAAUUUCCUGGUUGGGACUUGUCUCACUUUGCCAAAUUUGGGAUUUUUAUGGAUAUUGUUUAAAUACCCUAAAAUAUCCAAUAAUGGGAAUCUGUUAUUUUUUCCUGUGACAAAUGGAAUGGUUCAAAAUACACUAAUAUAACAGUAACAGUCAAAAGUGAGUUACCAGCUUUACACCUUGUUUCUUGUGCUAUGAGCUCAGAGAUGUAAAAUCUGGAGACUCUCCCUUCUGCCCCUCCCCCACCUUCCAUAAACCUAAGUUGACCGAAAUCCCAAAUUAUAGUAAGAGUGUGACACAGGACGUUAUACCGUCUUACUUGAGGUGCUGACCUCCAAGAUUCACUAUUAUGAUGAAAGUCUUGACAGUGAUGAAUACAAGAACAGGGACAUUCUUUUUUGAGCUUACUGGCUCAUAGCCAGUGAGGCUUUAUGCUAUUGUCAGUGAAAGAAUGAAUAAAUGAUGUAAGGUCAUGUCUAUUGUUCUCUUACGUGCAGUAACGUAUGAUCUUCAGAGCUGAAGGGACUGGGUAGGAUACCAGCCAUCUCCCAUUUUUUUUAAGUUCCGUUUUAUGAAGCAUUGUUAUGACAAGGAGGAAUUUGAUAUUGAUUGUUCUUAGGGCUUCUUAAAAAGUUGCAAAUAAUAUUAUGCUCCGUUAUUUUAAAAACGUAAGAUGUUUGCAUUUGUGACGAAUGAUCUUGCAAAUAUAUUACAGGAAAAGUUUUCUGUUUUGACUUACGAUAAUUCUCCAAUAAUUGGAGAAUUAUUGUAAGUUGGCUAAACCAAUUAUUGGUUAAUUUCUUUGCUAUUUAUAUCCAUUCAUAAUUGGUUAUGUGUUGAGUGAGUGUUACUAGUAAUGAAUACUUUUUCAUCCUUGGUAGUAUUAAACAUUGAAAGUCACAAUGCGGGAAAAUGCAAAUGUCAGGCAAACAUGAAUCUGUCACUUUUACUAUGUAAUCAUUCAAUUAAAAGGUCACAAAUCUGCAUAAUUUCGAAACAACUAGCAUUUUUCAAAUUUCAUGUUACAUUAAUUCGUUGCAACAUUUGUGUGCUUAAUCUUGGCCAGAAAUUACAAUAGUCCCAGAACCAUAUCUGUGAAAGUUUUAACUUUGCCUGUGGCCGCCAAACCAACCUCAUGUGAUGGCACGUAACAGUGUCAAAAACUGCAUGUGCCAACACAACGUGACUGCCUUGAACAACGAUUUGUUUUGCAAGCACAGAUUAAUUGUACAGAUUAAUCAUUGCCAGUAAGCUCCUGUCCUCUCCAGGGACUAUUUUUUUGUCUUUUGGGACAAAAUUUGCUAAAUUUCAAACUAAAGCAGGGAAAAGCUCAAAACUCUAUUUUAUGUAGGAGAGUUGGCAUAUAAAUGAGCUUUACUUACGACCACUUCGACAAAACCCCGCUUGAACUCCAAACAUCCAAACUCUACUAUUAACCUGAAGCAGUCAUGUUGCCAGGCUACAGUCCUAUCAGAGGCAACUCACUCUUUCAAAGAACCUUUCAAAGGAGUUUUCUUAUUGUCCUUAAUACUCAUCUCGGUACAGUGUUUUUUUUUUAUUUCUGCCAUGAUGGGAAAUAAGCAGUGAGUUAAUUUCAAUUGAUAUCGUCUUGGUCUUACUUCUGGUGUCAAGCCAGAGCUUCCAUAAACCUUGACCUAUUGUAAAAUUCCGAAAAUAAGCCCCUCCAUGUAUAAGCCCCCCAAUCCGGUAAUGCAAAAAACCCUCCGUUAAGUCACUUCUCCAAAUAUAAGCCCCCCAGGAGCUUGUACUUGGACAAUUGCCCUCAAAUACAAAGUAAAACAAAGCAAAAACAGCAAAUUUACUUCCAAAAAUAAGGCUAGCACAAUCGAUUUUGAAACGCAAAUUUCCCUCCGUAGAUAAGCCCCUCCAAAAAUAAGCCCCUCAAAACAGGCCUUUGACAAAAUAAGCCCCAGGGCUUACUUUAGGAAUUUUACGGUAUCUAAUUGAGGGCAAAUCUACAUUAUGUUGCAGGGUUUGACUCUAUGAAAUCCUUCAGAGGAGUGCGGCGAAGAGAUGCCGGCAGCAAGUUGAAAGACCAUGAGUUGUGUAAUGGACCUUCGAAACUCUGUCAAGCUCUUGAUAUUGAAAAAGCUAAUCUCAACAAAGAGGACAUGACAACUUCUAAUAGAUUUUGGAUAGAAGAUGACAAGGAAUCUUGUAGUAGAGACAUGACUAUAGUGACCUCAGCAAGAAUAGGCAUAGAUUCCUAUGGACCUGAGUGGGCACUUAAACCAUUGAGGUUUUAUAGCUUGGGAAACAAGUGUGUGAGUGUUAGAGACAAAAAGUCAGAAGCUGAGCUUUCGCAUUCGGCCUAG